AUGGGGGCUUUAAGAACUGUGGCGUUGGUGAUCCUGGCGAUCUCGUUGUUCACGUUCAUCGCACUAUUUGGCAGGUUGCCGGCUUUCAGGAAAACACCGGUUGCUUUCCUUCACCGCGUACUUUGGGUAUAUCUGCCCAAUGGUAUUGCCGUUGUUGACGAUCGGUUGUGUGGGGGAAGGGUGAUGCGAUGCUGGAACCGAUCUGGCAGUUACAUCCUGAAGGAGAACCACCCGCUCGUCCUGAUUUUCUUUACAUCUCUAAUGGUGAUUGGAGAAAUUGUGUUCGUCCCGGCUGCGUGGCCUCGACUGUCGAGCCUUCAUCGAUUCUGGGUGCCUGUCGCCAUCACUUUCCCAUAUGUACUACUGUACAAAUGCGUGGUGACCAAAUCCUUCAUCACAGAUGAGAAUCAUGAAGAAGAGAUGAGGCGUUAUCCCUACGAUCGAGUCCUCUUCCAUCCAGGCCAUCGUUGCAGUACUUGUGACUUUCUGAAACCAGCGCGCAGCAAACAUUGCAGCUUCUGUCAGGCAUGUGUGUCUCGACAUGAUCACCACUGUGUCUGGUUAAUGAACUGUGUUGGAGCCAACAACUGCGUGUACUUCAUUUCAUUGCUGGUUUCCCUCUCUGUCAUGCUGAUCUACGGGUCCUACCUUGGGAAAUCCUUGCUAUCCGAAUCGCUAGACCAGCUAGCUCCACCAGAGGUCAAAAUCGCCAUGCAAGGCUGGACAUGUUUUGGUCGCCACUUAUCCAAGGAUUGGAACGGUGUUCCUACUGAUGGUGAUGACUGCCCCCUGGCGAUCUCCUUUUUGGCGUAUCAUACAUAUCUCAUCUGGGCUGGUACAACUACCAAUGAGAGCUCUAAGUGGACUGAUUGGAAAGAGGACGUGGAAGAUGGCUUGGUAUUCAAGACAAAGCGAAGUCUGAUCUUUGAAAAUCCGCUUCCCACGGAUCCUCAUGACCAGACGUGGCCGGUGCACACAGAUCAGAUACUUGUCACCGAUGAGGAUCCUCCGACCGAGGGUUGCUUGCUGAUGUCCAACUCAAACUGCAUCGCGCAUCGCCCGGGAUCAGACGUGCCACCCGAUCCACGGUGGAAGCGUCUCCAUAGCAUGAAGGAUGUGGACAACAUCUAUGACCUCGGCUUUUGGGAUAACCUUCGGGAUGUAGUAGGGCUUUCAGUCCGGCGGCCUGUAUCUAAUUGA